AUGUCGAUCGUCCCGGUUCUCCUCGUCUUCGUCGUCGUCAUGCUUGUGGAUGGCGGCGGCGCUCGUCGCUUGGCCGCCGUGCCGACGGACGCGUCCGACGCGGCGGCCAUGCGGGCCAUCGCCAAGGCGACACGCGCGGGCGAGGCGAUGGGCUGGGGCGUGAAGUUGCCCGACCCGUGCGACGGCAGCUGGGCGGGCGUUCGCUGCAACGACGCGGGCCGCGUCGCCUCCAUCAACGCCAGCCGCGGCGGCCUCGUCGCCCGGCUCAGCGGCGCCGACCUUAGCAAGCUGGCCUUCCUCUCCGACCUCGACCUCAGCUUCAACGGCCUCAACGGCGACCUCCCCACCUUCGCCGUCGACGACAACGACAUGGUGUUCCCGACCAUCCCCGACGACGUGCUCGCCUGCCCCAACCUCCGCAGCUUCUCGGCCAACAACGCCGGCAUCUUCGGCCCCUUCCCGCACUACUUCGGCAACACCACCUUGUUCCCGGCGCUCGAGAGCUUGUCGCUGGCGGGGAACCGGCUCACGGGGGGCAUACGCGACGGCUUCGGCAAGAACAGCGGCAUCAAGUACCUCGACGUCGGCGGCCAGCACGACGACGCCGACGGCGGAGGCAGGAGAACUCUCGACGGCCGCGUGGACCUGUUCAUCCCCGGCAUGGAGAACCUGGUGGAGGUUCGCCUGGACCACAACGCGUUCACCGGGCCGGUGCCGAACGCCGCCGGGCUCGUCAACCUGCGCGUCUUCGACGCCUCCUACAACGACUUGUGCGGCGUGCCCGUCUUCGCCAACGCCGGCGCCGUUGCCGCCAACUUUGCUGGAAAUCCUAACAUUGGCAAUCUAAAUUCUCGUCAAUAG